AUGAUACUGAAGAGUGAGGUACACCAAACAUCGUCUUCAAAUCGAGUGUUCGUCAAGAAUUUAACAGUAUCAACGAAAAGUGAAAUUACGUUAACAGAAUUAGAUAGCAAAUACCUCACGAGCAAAGGACGUCUGCAUCAUUACACUCGUUUCUAUGAACAUUAUUUAAGUAAGUAUCGGAAUACAUAUUUUCGUUUACUGGAAAUCGGACUUGGAUGCGGGAUGGCAUGGGGUGUUGGAGUUUCGGCUGCAUUGUGGCGAGAAUACUUUGGCCCAAUGGCUGAUAUUCAUUUCAUUGAAUAUGAUAAACAAUGUGGUGAGAAAUGGUCCAAACAAAUUGGUCAACAAUUGAACAUAACGAUACAUUAUGGAUCUCAGGAUGAUAAAUCAUUUCUUCAAUCGUUCGCUGAAAAUUUUACUAAUAGUUUCGAUGUUAUUAUUGAUGAUGGUGGGCAUCGAAUGAUACAACAAAUCAAUAGUUUAGCCAUUCUCUUUCCUACUGCUCUUCGCUCCGGUGGUAUUUAUUCGGUUGAAGAUCUGUAUACAAGUUAUUUAACUGAAUAUGACGGAGGUUAUUUAAAAUCAUCGACGUUCAUUGAAUAUCUGAAAAAAUUAAUCGACGAUAUUCAAUCGAAAUCACCUACUUAUAAACAAAGUGUACUCGGACGACUUGUUCAUUCAUUGGAAAUUAGUGAUAAAAUAUGUCUUUUCACCAAGAAGUAA